AUGUUGCUUUCACCAAUUUGGCUAUUGGCCACGGCGGCGACUGCAAAGUCUGUACUGGUAAAGCUCCAUGCUGAUUGGCCAGAGGCCCCUUUUGCUGUCCAGCUUAUAGAAGCUGUGAGCUCAUAUGACGAUACCUUAUAUGCGCUGGCAGUGAGAGCGUUGUACCAGAGUGGUGAAGAAGAGGAGGCGUUGGAAUGGGACGAAGAUGAUGAUGCAUUCGAGGAUGCUGGAGACGCUGAAGGUGACGCUUUGCCUAAAUCUGAUAAGGAUUUUUAUAAUGCUGUGGCUGCAAACUUGCUGCCUGUGGAGAAAGGUAUGGCUGAUCUCAACUUGGUGAAUAAAAUCAAUACGCCUCGGAUCGAAACACAUUAUAAGCAUUAUAAGAAUGACGUGGAACCAGCACUUGAGGCGAAAGUUUUGAAGCAAUGCGCUCAAGAUUCGUUUGGCAAUGCUGUGGAGGAUCCAUUAGGUGCUUGGGUUAAGUAUGGAGACAGGAUCUACUGUUCAGAUGCUGAUUUGUACGCGUUACAGCUUUCGAAAGUUUCUGAGGAGGCUAAGGCUUUUGAUAGAGUUGUGGGUACUGCUGAUAAGAAACCACUUCUCGUGCUUUAUGGUUCUUCUAGCAGCCCCAGAUUUGGUCAGAUGUUCGAGACAUUAUACCAGUUUGCCGAGUCAGACAAGCUCAGAUUUGCAUGGAGGUAUGUUCCACUGGGGACCGAAAAGCUUACUAGUGUCCCUGGUUACGGUGUGGUUGUCACACCAAAGGUUCCUUUGAACGGCACGAAAGUUUCUAAAGUUAGAUACACUGGAGAUCUUCCGAAGUUUUUGGCCGAAGUUAGGAAACAAGAUAAACCAUUGAGAGCUCUUGAAGAAGAUAGGUACCAUGACCUUUCUGUCAAAAUUACAGCUCUUGUUCUUGAACAACCUGAAUCUACAAGACAUGCUGUGCUCGAGGAUAUAUUGAACAACCUUCCCCUUUACGCACCAUAUAUCAACCUUAUUAAGGAUCCAGUUGGUUUAGAGUCUGUGAAGACUGUGGCUGAGCUGAAUGAAAAGAAAGGUGCUUCUGAUCAAUCGGUUGGUCUCUACUUGAAUGGUGCUUCGGUUCAUAAGCUCGAAAUGGAUCUUCCUCAUGUCAUUCGCAAGCUUGAAACCGAAUUGAGGCUUGUCGAUGAGAUGAAGAAACUUGGGUUCUCUACCGAACAGAGUAAGUUCAUUUUCUCCAAAUUCGCUCUCAUGAGCGCUUUUAGGGAAGUCCAAUACCGCACGGGUGACCGUGAAAACAGGUAUGCAAUUUACAAGCAUGCUUAUGAUCCAACCGAUCUGACCUCUGGUGGUGUGGUUUACUUUAACAAUCUCGAGAAAGAUGAUCCUUAUGACUUGUUCGAUGUUAACAGAAGAGAGGCAUACCUUGGUGCUGAUGCAAGAAGACUUCAGUUUGGCCAAGUACCAGCUCUUAGAGAAAACUCACACGAGUUAGUCUUUGCCAUCAACUUUUCCAGUUCCAUUCAAGUGAAGGUCUUAUUUACGUUUGCAAAGAUCAUCCUUGAUCGUAAUCUUCCACAACAGGUUGCUGUUGUUCCACUUGUUGAUAGCGACGAAGAUGAGCUUGUUGCUGAGAAGUUUUACCAUAUCAUGGAAGUUAGUGAAGCGAAGGAGGCAUUCGCCUUGUUAUAUCAAUACUACGAGGCACCAACUCAAGAGGAAAAGCAAGAAAUUCUCGAUAAAGUCGAAGUACCAGAAGAAAAGAAGGGAACUUUUAAGAAUUACGAGAGGACUGUUCGUGAAUUUUCUCUUGAUCAUCCUUCCGUCAUCAUCAAUGGUGUUAUCCAUGAUAUGAAAUCCCCUUGGCAAGCCGCUAUGACCAAGCAGAUGGGUAGCGACGUGCGUCUUUUGCAGAAGAAGAUCAAGGAUGGUGAGGACAGAGGCCAAGACCUUAAGUCUGUGCUUUUCCAUGAUGCCAAAGACUCGAGAAAUUCGAGAGUAUCACCUAGAGAUCUUAGUAACAUAAGAUAUAAGGAAGUAUCAAAAGAAUUGAUUGAUAACUCCUACUCGUUCAGGAAGGUCACGAAGCCAAAUGAUUCGCCCGCAACUUUCUGGCUUAUUGGUGAUUUCAAUUCGAGAAUCAUUUUGUCUCAAUUUGCCAAGCUUCUAGAGCUCCUCGAGGUGUACCUGGAGAGAUCCUUGGAGAUCCGCAUAUUGAAUAUCUCAGAGGAUAGUUCUUUGAUCGACAAGCUUUCUAAAAAGUAUGCUAAGGAUAGUUUAACGGGUGAUGAUAUUGCCAAGUUGAGAACAGAGGUACUGAAGGCUAGAAGCAAGGCAUACACCAAGAUUCUGCCAUCGAAAGCGAAACUACUUGAGAAGCACCAGAUCCAAGCUCACCUGCCGGGCAUGUUGUUCAACUCGAGAUAUCUCAAAUUGAAUGAGCUCUAUGAAACUCCUGAGUUAACUGAGUUAGUGGACUUUGAGCAGAGGAGAAGACUCAGCAUCUUUAAGGACCUCACUGAUACAUACCCCGAUAUGUUCUCCUGGAGGGGUAUUAUGUUUUUUAAGAAGAGUGGAUUUGACAACUUCGAAUGGUUCGACAUCAUGAGUUCUAUUGUUGCCAAGUCUUUCUUCCUAGAGGACUCUCAAGUGCAAGGCGAUGUUGAUCGUUUUGAUUUCUCUGCGCUUAGCUUUUCGAAUUCCCUCAAUUUGACAAAGCAAAGAAGGGAUGCACCAGUCGAUGUUCUUGCUAUUGUUGACCCAAUGUCGGAUAUCUCCCAAAAGAUCAUUUCCAUGGUUGGUGCCUUGAAAGAUUUGCCGUUUGCCAACGUGAGAAUUUUAUUGCAGCCUCUUGAAGCAGUUAGUGAAUCAGCCUCUACGAGCAGGUUCUAUGGUUCAGCCUUUGUAUCUUCGUUACCCGAGUUUGGCAAAGACGGAUCCUUCUUGGGAGGUAACUAUGCAGCUUCUUUCCAAGCCUUGCCUUCUAAGUAUGGCUUUUCUUCUGAGUUGGAUGUGCCUUCACGCUGGCUACAUGUCAAGGAUUCCACUCCAAACGUUGACCACGAGGAAUUCUAUCCAAAGGAUGUCGAGGAGUUAAACUAUAAACUUGACUCUUUGAUCGUUGAAGGUUACGCCAAGGACGUCAAAACAGCUCAAUCGGUUGCCACAUUAACUUUUGAUGCUUCUAAUAAGGAUACUAUCAUUGAUGGUAUUGUUAUGCAUACUUUGGGAUAUGUCCAGUUGCAGCUUAAGCCAGAUAUCUGGAGUUUGCGAAUUCAGAAAGGGUCUACUGGAAGCCAGAUCUAUAACUUAUUGUCAGCCAGCGUGAACAAAUAUGACACAAACGAUAAAACCGUUGAAGAAGUUGACUUACCAGUCCUCUCGUUGCAUGGCGAGGUGAUUCACCCAAGGCUUUUGGAAAAAUCCGACAAGGAAAGAGCCAAGGCGAAGAAAGACGUCGCUAAGACCAAUAAUGCUGACAUUAAUGUUUUCUCCCUUGCCAGUGGUAAGAUCUACGAACGGUUCAUGUCGACCAUGAUGUUGUCGGUCAAGAAGAACACUAAGUCGACUGUGAAGUUCUGGCUUCUCCGCAACUUUUUGAGUGCUGAGUUCGUGGAGUCUCUUCCAAAAUUGGCAAACGCUCACGGCUUCGAAUAUGAAUUUGUCACCUACAAAUGGCCACUCUGGCUCCGUCAGCAAAAGGAAAAGCAUCGCCAAGUCUGGGGUUACAAGAUCUUGUUCUUGGAUGUUUUGUUCCCCAACCAACUUGACAAGGUUAUCUUCGUGGAUGCAGACCAAACUGCUAGAACAGAUCUUAAGGAAUUGGUCAACACAGACCUCAAGGGAAGAGUUUACGGAUUUCCACCAAUGUGUGAUUCCAGAGAAGAAGUCGAAGGUUACAGGUUCUGGAAGCAGGGAUACUGGAAGACGGUCCUCCAGGAAGACUUAAAGUACCAUAUCAGUGCUCUUUUUGUGGUUGAUCUCAACGAGUUCAGAAAGCACUACGCUGGCGACAGACUCAGAACGCACUACCAAAAGCUUUCCAGUGACAAAGAGUCGCUUUCCAACCUUGACCAGGAUUUACCCAACAAUAUGCAAAGACUGAUUCCAAUCCAUACAUUGAAGCAGGACUGGCUUUGGUGCGAGACGUGGUGUUCAGACGAAAGCAAAAGCCGUGCCAAAAUGAUCGAUUUGUGCAGCGACCCAUUCAGAAAAGAAAGCAAAUUGGAGCGUGUUCAAAGACUGAUUCCUGAGUGGAAAGAUUACGACAAGCAGAUCCAACGGUUGCAAAAUAACGAGGAUGGGAAGAGCCCAGUGAACGUGGGGCACGAUGAGUUAUAG